AUGGGUGAGAGGGCGGAGGAGUCCACCGUGGGCAUCACACACUUCAUUACGGAGAACGACACUGGCUUCUCCGGUGUGCUGAAGCAGCGCUACUCCGACUUCGUCGUUCACGAGGUCACGCGCGACGGUGAGGUUUGCAAGGGCACCGAUUUCCCGGGGCUCCUGCGGCCCAUCGAGCACGAGCGGCAGCCGCCGCCGCCCGCCCACGGCCAGCCUACCGCCGACGCCGCGCAUAAGGAGACCCCCUCUGAUAGCACGGCGUCACCGACAGCUGUGCGUGGUUCUGAUGCGGUUGAGGACGGCUCGAAGGACAAGGAGGGGGAGGGCAAGGGUAAUGAUGAGGGCGGCUCGAAGGAUAAAGAGGGGGAGGGCAAGGGUGAUGGUGAGGGGGGCGCCGUGGAUGGUUCGUCAGGCGGGGGGAUGGAGGAGGAGGAGGAGGAGGAGGACGCCAGGCGUGCGAGGGAAGAAGAGGAGAGAGAGAGGAGGAGAAAGGAGGCGGAGGAAGAGCUAAAGAAGCAGGCCAAGAGCGGUGCUGAGACCCUGCUGCCCGUGGUCGGAGAGGAGGUUGCCGCCAAGGUGGAGGCGUUCAUGUUGGAGGGCUUGGGGGUCACGGGCAAGGACAAACGGACGCUCACGCUCCCCACCACCGACAAGAACACCCGGACAAAGGUGUACGGCCUCCUGAAGCAAAACCUCAGCAAGUACCUGCUGGCGGUCACCGUCGAUGACCCCGCCUCCGCCCCGCCUCCUACGGCCUCCAAAACCGAAAUCCCCGAGGCCAAAGACGCCGAGGACGGCGACGCUAAGGCAACGGCGGGAGCCAGCGACAACAAGGGCGACGCCGGCGGCGAAGCUCCCGCCGCGGAGGAAGGGAACGGUACGGAAAAACCGUCCAGCGAGAAGGCAGGCGAGAACGGGGGCGGCGGCGGCGGCGGGGAACCGGCGGAGAAGACGGCGGCAACUACGAAGGCUUCGGCCGGCACCCCCGCUGCGGCGAAGAAGCCUGAUCCGAACGGGCCCAAGUGCGUGCAGCUCAAGAUGAAGCCCGACUGGCGAAGGGUCGACGGCGGCAACAAGCGCAGGAGGGGCGACCUGGACAGGUCCGGGCGGGGCGGAGGGAGGGGCGGGGGCGGCAGGCGCUGGGCGUGGCCCGAGGGGCGGCCCGAGUUCUGCCGGUUCGUGCUCUACAAGGAGAACAGCGACACCAUGGGAGCCGUCAGCCGCAUUUGCAAGCACUUGCGGUUCUCGAGCAAGGUCGUGGGGUACGCCGGGACUAAGGACAAGCGGGGCGUUACGGCGCAGUGGUGCACCGUCAAGAGGAAGUCUAUCGAGGAGCUCAGGAGCUUCAACCGCCCGCUCGGUGCUUUCCAGGGGUCGAUCGUUCUCCUUGGGAAUUUCUCGUACGUGGCGGAGCCCCUCAAGCUCGGAGACCUCUCCGGCAACCGCUUCGGCAUCGUCCUCAGAAACCUCACCCUGCCCAGCGGCGGCGGGAACGGUACCGGGAACGGUGCAGAGAACGGUGCAGAGAACGGUGCUGGGGGGGGGCAGGACGCCUCGGCUGACGAUGCGUCAAAGAAGGAGGCCGAAGACCCUGAGGCGGCGGUGGUCGAAGCCGGCGCUAAGCUCAAGGAGACCGUGGACCGACGCUGCGCGUGGGUCAAGGAGCGGGGUUUCAUCAACUACUUCGGCCUCCAGAGGUUCGGGUCGGGGGGAGCACCGACGAGCGAGGUGGGGCUGGCCAUGCUUAAGGAGGACUGGGCGGGGGCGGUGAGGCUCAUCAUGACGCCCAGGAUGGGCGAGAACGAGGCCACGCACGCGAGCAAGGUACACUACCUUAAGAACCCGACGGACAUCCAGGGCACCCUCAACAAGCUGCCGUUCUUCAUGGAUGCCGAGAAGAGCAUGAUGCAGGCGCUGCUCAAGGGCGGCCCCAACGCUCACAUCGACGCCCUCAAGGCCGUGCCCAAGAAUCUUCAGCUCAUGUACCUGCACGCCUUCCAGUCCCUGCUGUGGAACCUCGCCGCCUCAGAGCGCAUCAAGCUCUACGGCAGAGACGCCGCGGUGGAAGGCGACCUCGUUUUCCCCCGAGACUCACCCGCCGCGGCCAUCGAAGACGACGCCACCCUGGUCGACCCUGCGAUAGGAGCCGCCGCCGUCGACGCCGCUGAGGGGGACGGCGACGGAGAAGAUGAGGGCGGGGAGGGGCAGCAGCCGGAGGCCAAGCGGGCCAAGACAGCGGGGUCCUCCCUGCCCCCGGUGCACGUGGUGACGAAGGAAGACGUGGAGGAAGGGACCUUCCGUGUUACCGACGUCGUGCUCCCGAUGCCCGGGUCGGGGGUGACGUACCCUACGAAUGGCGUGAAGGAGUGCUACACCAAGGCGUUGGAGGAGAGGGGUGUCACGGAGGCGUGCUUCAGCUCGUCCACGCAGAAGGCCUUCAAGCUGGGGGGCGCGUACCGCAGGCUGCUGCAGGUGCCCAAGGACAUGCAGUGGGAGCUGAAGCGCUACGACGACCACACGCUGCACCUCAUCAACACCGACAUCGACGACCUCCUCGACAUCGACGACGCUAAGAUCGCCAAGGAGGAUGCCGAGAAGAAGAAAAAGAAGGAGGAAGAGGCUGAUGGCGAGAAACAACCUCCCUCCGCCAAGAAGGAGGAGGGUGACUCAAAGGCCACGACCCCCGACGCAAUGGACGUGGAUGGAGCGGUUCCCGAGAGCAACGGCGAGGCAUUGCGGCCGGCAUUGCGUGGUGGCCGUUUCCACGGCCUGUGUCUCCACUUCACCCUCCCGUCUUCGUCCUACGCCACAAUGUGCCUCAGGGAGGUGACCCAGCAGGACACAAGCACCAUCUUUCACACGAGCCUCAACAGCCUGUCUGCGGGACAACACCCUGCCAAAAGGGGCUCUUCUGCUGCUGCAGCCGGCGCCGGAGGAGCGGCGGCGGCGGGCGCGGAGGGGGGCGAGGAAAGAGACGAGGAGAAGGCUUCGCCGCCCAAGCGUGCAGUCAUCAAGAUCGGAUCGAGCUUGAAGUAG